AUGGACUUUGGUUCUCAAAGGAGAAGGCAUAGAUCUGUACAGAGAGCACUUGUCCCGGAGUAUAUACUUGAUGUGGGUUCUCAGCGAUUGUUCAUGAUCUCAUUGUUUGGAUUAAUCCAAGCGUGGAAAGUGUACGAUAUUAUGAUCUUGAAAAAUGAGAGUUUGAGGGAAUUGCUGUCCAAAGAUUCCUGGAUAAGCUUCUCCAUUCCAGAACUGAAUUUUGUCGUGAAGUACUUAGUUCUUGAUGGGCUAUUUUUAUGGUGUCUUCCGGUUUUGAAGAUACCACUGCUAAACUUCUCCAUUUUGACAACGUUGAUACAGAUAACGUUGAUGGCCGCAAUAACAAUUCUAUUAAGCUCUGAUAUGUCAAUGCCAUUGGCUGGUAUACUAAUGUCAUUCUGGAAUCUCUUCUUCCCCAAGAAAGAACUUGCCCUGCUUGAAGAUUACAUCCCAACUGCAGAGUUUGAAGACCAAUCUCCCCAUUUAAAGGGUAGAACUACGAUCAAGUAUUUACCAGACUCUUCAGCUAAACUCAAUCCCUUUUAUGAAUCUCAUUGUAUGACGAAUAUCUAUACAGACAAGAUUCAGAUGCCAAUAAGAUUUAAUUCUACCAGUAAUCUUGAAUUUGUGCAACUGGAAUACCGAAGUUUUUCAAACGAAGUUUCAUAUCUAAAUUACACCAAGAAAGACCUGCGCAGAAUGCUUAACAGGGAUUCUACUGAACUAUUCAAAAAGGAAUAUGCUUUCAAUGGGAAUUUGUAUCAUUCCUACCGGGACGAUUCCAACGUGAUCUCAUUUAUUGAGGUGCCGUUGACGCAGCCUGGAUUGUACAGUUUGCAUCAAGUCUAUGAUUCCAAAUUGAAAAGGGUUCGCAUAGCCAAAAAUGAAGUAUUCAUUGUAAGUUGCCCUUCUGCUCAAUUAUACAAUACUAAACCAGAUGAACACUACUGUGUGGGAGAAAAUCAAGAGGUAAGUGCCAAGAUCUUCGGUGUGCCACCCUUAAAAGUUGUUUAUCAUGCAGAAAUUGGCAACAAGCUAUUAAACACUAACUCAGUUGAUAUCAUUGAUGAGGAUGUCGAGUCUCCUUUGACUAAGCUCCAAGGAUUGGAGUUGAAAGAACAAGCUCUCAAAAUAUCUACCUCUAUUGAUAAAAGAAAAUCUUUAGAAUGGGCCAGGACCAAGAGCUUCACAGCGCCUCUGUCAAGAGGGAAAAUUGAUGAAGCCGGUUCAUAUAUUUAUACCCUUCAUCAGGUCAUCGAUGGGUUUGGUAAUCGCAUCAAUUAUGUCCCAGAAGUGGCGAACAAUAAUCUGUUUUAUCAAUUUGAAGCUCAUCCAAUAAUAAAAGGAGAUCUGGAAGAGAAAGAUAAAAAACUGGUUAUCCUCCAAGGUAGCCCGAAAGAACUGUUGGUCUCCUUGGAUGUCUCCAACGCUAAAAAGGAGGCCCCCUAUACAGUUGAAAUAGAGUUCACCAGUGAAGACAAGAAGACUAAGGACAUAAUAACAAAGGUUUUCGAAGCAUCUCAGGUGACUAGGAAUAAACUUCCUUUCCAAGUUAAGAGCCCAGGUACGUACACCCUCAAGUCGAUCAGAUCUAAAUUUUGUCAAGGAGAGGUUGGACCUUCGAUACUCACUGUCACCGAAGCAUUUGCCCCCUCCCUUAACAUUUCAAGUAAUCCGAUACUUGAUGCCUGUAUCGGAACAACAGGUUAUAAGUUUGAUCUUCAGUUCCUUGGUACCCCUCCAUUUGAAGUUGAUUAUAAAGUCUAUCGAUUGGAUUCGCAAAAUCCUAACAGAGUGCUAACCACAAAAGAUGUUUCAACCAUCAUAGCAAAGUCAAAUAAUGAAGUUUUCAACUACGAGCCAAAUACUGAGGGUACUUAUGCCAUAGAAUUUAUUGGCAUACGUGACAAGUAUUACAAGAAACUUCCUCGCCUUGAAAAAGGGAAGCAUCGAUAUACAACCUACUUGAAACAAAGGACUCGAGCUGGAUUCGUCCAAGAUAGAAAACUGCAAGAUGUCUGUAAUGGUGACUCUGCCUCUGUCCUCAUCAAAUUUGAUGGAAAACCCCCAUACAAAGUCAACUAUGAGAUAUCUGACCCCCUUAAUCAAUCGCAGAACUUUACGGUUGACUCCAUUAUGGACAAUGAAUACAGGAUUGAAAUGAAAGAUCUUUUGCAGGGAGGAACGUAUAAUAUUAAACUGCUUGAUGUCAAAGAUGAGUCAAAUUGUAAUGUUGUUUUCCAGAAAUCUCACGCCCAGGUAAAUGUUCGAAAGCACAAACCACAUUUGCAGUUUGGAAAUGCAGGAAAGUUUGAGCUGGUUGAAGGUCAGAGCUUGAACAUUCCGUUGAAGAGUGAUACUGAAAAGUCAAUUUCCCUUCAUUAUACAAUCACUGAUCCUAAUAACCCUUCAUUGGUGAAACACACACGUAUUUCUAGCUUGAACCCAAACAAAGGAUUGUCUGUAAAGAGUCAAGGCAUAUACCGCUUAGUGGGAUUCAAUGAGUCUGUAUGUCCCGGAAUUAUAUCUAGCGACAGCGAAGUUGAAAUUUCAUACAAGAAGAAACCAUCGUUGAAACUGCUACCUUCGGAGGAUACAAUAGUAGGUGACAAUACGAAUUCCUGGAAACUGAAACCGUUUUGUCAAGGGAAAAAGGGCUAUUUAGAUUUAUUACUUGAAGGUGAAGCCCCCUUUUUCAUCGAGUACGCUAUCAAGCACCCUGGAGGAUUCUUGGAGAGCAAGCUAGACACCACAUCCAGAAAAAAGUUUUCCAUCAGUUUGCGAUCAGAUAUUGGGGGUGAUUACGUUUAUACCAUACUAGGCAUUUAUGAUUCUGUCUAUUUCAAAUCUGCUAUAAAGGAACUAGAAAAGCAGAGUGCUUACAAGUUUGAACCAGUCUUAAUUGAUCAUCAUGUCUAUCCUUUGCCUGACGCCCACUUCAUUACAGAUAGAGAUGCUCCUGAACAUCACAAUCCUCAUUUACAAGCUGACAAAAAAUUUUCCUCAUUCAGAAGGUCCAGCAUUUAUCAAACAUGUUUGUCCAACCUUAAUAAAAGAUCUCUAUUGAGACCACUAUCAAUAUCCUUAUCUGGACAGGCGCCAUUCCAGCUUAAACUGAAACUUUUUCACGAGAAAUCCAACACUGAGGAAUUUGUUUACCUAUCCGACUUACCACAUGAAGUCGAGUAUUACGAUAUCUAUUCUAAUUUGGACAUUGGAAACCAUGUAGUGUCUAUCGUGGAAGUGACUGAUUCCGGACGUUGCAAACAGAGCGAUUUCACUGAACACGAAAUGGUUGCCAUUCAUGUUAAUGAUAUUCCAAAGAUUGAGCAGAUUUCAACUAUUUCAAAAGAUUCCAAGUCCCUAAGAGAAGAUGAACUAGAAUACUGUGUAGGAGACCAGGUUGCUUAUUCGUUGUCAGGGGUUCCUCCCUUCAAAAUAUCCUACGAAUUUGAUGGCAUUUCCCAAGUAGCUGAAGUAAACAAGAAGACUUUCAAGCGACGUGCUUAUCGACCUGGAAAACUUACAAUUGCCAGUAUUUCAGACUCCUCAUCCAAGGACUGUUUAGUCCAGCUUCAAGACAGAGCAGACCUGGAGGCUGUCAUUUAUGAUAUUCCCUCCGUGGAAAUGACCACCGGAGACUCCUAUUUGGAAGGUAUACAUGAAGGGGAUAAAGUGGAGUUGAUUUUCAAGUUAACUGGAUCUCCACCCUUUACCUUAAAGUACGUCAGAACGGAUCUCAAGGGAAAACAUGCCAAUAAAGAAGUAAUAGAAAACAUCAUGGAUCAUGAAGUCCGAGUAUGGGCAAACAUGGAAGGAAAUUAUGAGCCUAUCGAAAUCCAAGAUGCUCAUUGUAAAGCUGAAAAGAAGGUAUAUUAG